AUUAGGUAUAAUUAGCAUUUGAACUCAAGCAAAGCUCUUGCCCAGAGGAUUAAACCCUGGACUGAGCAGAAAUGCUGUCAGGGACAAUUAGGUAACACCUUGUCAGAGAAGGGAGCAGAGGAAGUGUGCAGGAGAACAUCUUGUUCCUCAACAGCCUUUGCAUCCACAGCCAUCAUCUCUCCCCCAGGAGCUGCAUCCCAGUGACAACGGCAGCGGAAGAGCUCUGGCAGCCUGGGAAGCACUGGGGUGAGGCAGCAUAGCACUUGCAGAGGGUGAGAGAAGGAGACUCAGGCUUGUUGAGCAUUUGUCAAGCCGUCUGUUUGGUGUGGUACCAAGGACUAUCCAAGGACCCAGACCGAGGGAUCUGAGAGAGGCGUGCACCAGCCACUGACAGCAGCCCAGCGAUGAGUGAGAACCCAGCCACCAACCUCAACACUGGAGAUGCUCCAACCGGUCCCACUACACCACGCAAGGGGCCUCCCAAGUUCAAGCAGAGACAGACAAGGCAGUUCAAGAGCAAGCCUCCUAAAAAAGGAGUAAAAGGAUUUGGAGAUGACAUCCCAGGCAUGGAGGGACUGGGCACAGAUAUCACAGUGAUUUGCCCAUGGGAAGCCUUCAGCCAUCUGGAACUGCAUGAGCUGGCCCAGUUUGGGAUCAUCUAAGGUGCCAGCAUCUCUACUGGUGUCACCUGGUGACUCCACAGACCCCAGCAUGAUCUUCAUCACCUUUGACACUUAUUUUUGGCCCUUGUGUCCACCUGCUUAUGGGCCGGGUGGUUUUGUAAGAGCUAGUUAUGAGAAAGUCCUUUGCAGAUUAAUUUGGCAAAGAAGUUAUUCAGGACCCUGUACAGACUUCAUGUUCCAUGUGCUGAAACUACUGAAAAAUGUCUUAAUGCCUCCCUGCACCAUAUUCUGUCUUCCCCCACUGCCAUAGAUCUUCAUGUUUAUGGAGAUACAGAGAGGAUGUAUUUCAACUUUUCCCACGGUUAACUUUUCACCUGGUUAGCUGAGAUGCUGUGUGCAUGGGUGUGCAUGUAUGUCCAAACCUAAUUAUAUCAAGCCCAUUCUUUUUUCUUCCUUCCCUCCCUGACAGCUUUCUAGAUAGGAUUUCUACAGGUAUAUCCCCGUGUUAUUUGGGCCACCAAUUAGUUGCUGAGAGUGUCUAUGUAGAGAACCGGAUCAGAGUCACCAGUCCAGACAUUGGGCUAUUUUUAUAUAGAUGGAGACUUUUCCCCAGGGGUUCACCAUAAGGAAUCUGCUGCUAAGAUUUACCUCAUCAGCAAGAGAUGAAAAAGGCUUGCAAAUGUUGUCUCUGCUGUACUGCCCACCAGCUAUGAGCCAUGAGACUCUGUCUGUUCUAAUAAUGUUAAAUGAAUAGGUGUGUGUCUGAGAUCAAUAGCUAAACAAAUUAAUCCUACUCUUCAUUCCUUUUGUGCUCCUGAGUGGUUGCAAUUCCAAAGAAGCAACACUCCAAAUGACACUGUGUUUCCUCUCCUUCGAUGGGAGGCCCUUGUGUGACACUUGCACUGUCUCCAGGCCCAUAGACAUUUACAUGAAGCAUUCACUGCCCAGGACUUGUUUGCUGUGGGUUAAGAAGACGGAGAAUCAUUACGACCUCUCACCAGACAGUGCCAGUAGUCCCACCUCAUCUAGCAGAAGAUGGCAUUGCAUUAGUUGCUUCCUAUUCCCUGUAUUUAGCGUGGCGCAAGCCUCCCUUCACACCCCGCCAUCAUCAACAGGAAGGCUUCCCUCUUCACCCCCUUGCAACUUCAAGCCCUGGAGCUUGUCUGGACAAGCAGGCAAAUGGUGGUUCCCCGGAGAGAGAAGGGGCAGGUGGGGAGGCAGGGGGAGGUUAGGAUGUGUAUAUGCAGGCAAGCACAGAGCGAAUCCACUUAACCCUAUCGAUUUGUGUCUCCUGGUUGCUGGCAGCCUGAGUGCUGGUGAGCGGGGAGGCACUCAUAGCCACUGAAAUGCUCGGGGAAGGCACCGAGAUUCCCUGCUGCCCUGGCAUUAAGGAAGGGCUUUUUGUUUUGUUUGGAGGCAAGAUGUUGUAUCUACAUAAUAUUCAUAAGAGGAGAUGGCAUUUUUAAUCAUUGUCUUCAGCUUCACGAGCCUCGUUGCACAAGAACUGCCUGCCCCCAGCUUAUCUUUCCUAUGCUGAACAUGUUCCUGUGGGCAAGGAGGGGUUGUGGAGAGGAGAGCAAAUCCUGCCUAAAAGAUCAAUCCCCACGCAUAAAGCAUUGCUAUAAACCCAUGGUUGUGCUAUAGUUAUCUGUUACUGUUAUUCCAGAAAUAAAAGCUAGCAGUUUUCAUUUAAAAUAUAGCUUCAGCACCAAAACCUAAAGGAAAUUCCUGUUGGCAGUCCAGAGUACAGCUUUUAUUAUUCAGCACUGCUGCCAUUAGAAACAGCAGUAAACUAAUGAGCAGUUCAGAACAAAAUCACAGCACUGGAGUCGUGUACCAUUUAGCUAAUUGCAACACACAGCUAUUUCCUUGGGCAGAGGCAGUCUGUCCUUUCCACUUUACCCCAAUUCCUCCCGCCUUUCUCACCUUUUAAGGCUUUUCUUCUUUCCCUAAGUGUUCUUUAUGUAAACGACGUUUUAUUUAGCUUUCGCUAUAGGGGACUGAUUUCAUUUUUUCUCAAGCUCGUGUGCUAGCCCUCUCCUUCUGUGGUUAAAUGUGAAUGUUCCUGUGUCAAUGCUCUUGUGCUUUCCCUCCCGUUAUACCAUCCUGUAGCAUGUGAUCCUUAUUCCACCUUCUCAGUCUGUUCUCUUCUCUUCUAUCUGGGAAAAGACCCAUUGGAUCCAGUUUUGGACCCUGCAGGCUGGCUGCCUCUAUGAUCAUUGAGUUUUCCCUUUUUUAAGUAGGAGAACAACAAGGGAAGAACCUUUGAAUCAGUCCUUUUCCUCCCUUUUCAACCCCAGCCUUGGGAAAGCAAUCUAAAGAUAGUAAGAUCCUCUGUCAGAAAACACUGGGGUGAAAGCAAAGUUCUCCUUAGUCCAGGGACUGAAGCAUUUCAGCAGAGAGUCCUGGUGUAGUUCCAGAUCUGAUUGCCACAAGCCCAGCUCCCAUCAGAGAACUACUCCAUUCUUCUUCCUAGAGGAGUCCAGUGGGAAUGCACACAUACCCCAGAUCUCAUGCCUGGCUGAUGCGCUGUGUCAGAAGAUGUUUGGAGUCAACACAGUUUGUUAGUUAUUUUAAAAAUAAUUUCUAUUCAUUAAUAGGGAUUACAUUCCUUCCUUGUAAGGAAUUUUGAGACUUAGGAGUCUUAAAACAUCCUCACAGUUGUUUUGUCUGAGCUUCUGAGGUUUUUCUAAGGAGCUAUAGCCCCUGAAAAUUCCAUUUUUCAAACAGUGAGAGAUGGCUAUGGUGCAAGAAAGCAAAUGUGUUAAAGUAGCUUG